GAGAGGGAGAGAUGGUGAGCACGAUGAAUGACAUUUUCCUGAUUUCGGCGCACAGAUCACACUCAGCUUCCCUCUGAUUGCUGGCCGGGGGUUGUCCUCUUCUCUGGGUUGCAGGUAUGAGAGUGCUUCACUGGUGCUUGCUGGGAGUGACCAUUCUGCUGCUGGUGUGUGAGAUUACUGUAAGUCAGCUGUGCAAGUCCCUCAUCACCCUGGUGGAUGGUUUCCACACACUCUUCGUCCUCUUGCGCAUGGCAAGCAAAACAAAACCCCUGGUCUCCUCUUUGGACUCCCCUGCAUCUCCUCCACACGCUUCCUCCUCCUCAGCAGCACUUCCCUCAACCCAGCCUGCAGAGUCAUCCAUCGAAUCUGUGCCUGGGACAGAUGGGACAGAUGUGACUGAUGGAUCUGAUGGGUCUGUGAACUGCGGUGUCUCCUACACCAGCAGCAGGUUUCAGCCCAUGGGGGAUUUCAUCUCCGUUCUCAUCCUGACCUCUCUGUGUCUCUCUUCCUUCAUGGAAAUCGUCAGCUUUCCCGUGGAUCCACACCCAGUGCAGCGCCCCCUGCUGCUUGUGGUGUUCGGAGCUGUCAGUCUGCUUCAUAAGAUACUGGUGCUCUGGCUGAACUGGGAUCAGCUGCAGGAUGAGAGGGCCGGGGCCGGCAGACAGCCUGACACCCAGUCUCACCUUGAAGUAAACCACAGCGUCUUGGCUGCAGAGGAAACCAGAGGCCAGGCUGAGCCGGGGCGAGUCCUGGAUGACGUUAGCUGCGUCCAAUCUGCUGUGGAUGAGUCGCUCCACAAUGGGGCGCUUGUCCUCUGUAACCCGGGAACCGCCAGCGUCCCUGACGCUGACUCUCAAACCCCACAACAGCACCCAGAAGUCCACCUGCAUGCAGCAGUUCCAGAGGACAGCGGAGACUGUGAAGCAGCCAGCGGUGUUAUAGAUUUGGAGGUUUGCUAUCCUGAGCGUCAUUCAGAAGACAUCACAGAGAUUUCCAAAGACAACAUCUGCAUGAGACAACUUGACGGUCAGAAUGCAUCCAACACCUCCCCAGUCUGUGGGUCAGUACAUCACACUGAAAGUCCUGUGCCGAGCAACCAAUGGCCAGUCAGUCUCCUGUCAUUCAUCCUCGUCAUUCAGGGCCUUUGUACUUCCCUUCUGGUUCUGGUCAGCGGCCUGGUGAUGCUGCUGGUCGGCCCGCAGUCCCUGCACAGCUCUGAAGCCUGCGGCCUCCUGGUUUACGUGGAUCCUGGCCUCACCCUGCUGGCUGUGAUUAUACUGACUGCCACAGUUGCACCAGAGGUGCACAGGUAUGGACUGCUGCUGCUACAGGCCACACCUCCACACAUCUGUACAUCUGAUCUUGGACAGAGGAUUAGGAGUGUCCCUGGGGUGCAGGCUGUGCACGACCUCCACAUCUGGCAGUUAACUGGAUCAUUCAUAGUGGCCUCUGUCCAUGUUCACUGCCACGCUGGGUUUCCAGUGCACAGGUGUGCUGACCUGAUGUCAGGGGUCACUAAGGUGCUGCAGAGCGUAGGAGUGAGCUGCUGUACCGUUCAGCCAGAGUUUGCCUCCUGCUCUGGCUCCUCCGCAACAUGUGGAGGGGACGCCUCCCCUGCUGUCCACAAAGAGGACCCCUCGGUGCCUCCUCCUCUGAUCUGCAGCCUCACCUGUGGAAAGGCCUGCGCUGGGAGUAUGUGCUGCUCUCCGUUAAAGGAGGAACCACCUGCUGGAGAAACAGAGACAGAGCCUCAGACACUGGUCAUCGAGAACACGUUCUCUGCCUGAAAGAAAACAAAACAAUAAAUGUCAGAACAGGAUGAUGGAUGGUGGGGAAAUGAACAGAUCUGAAAGUGUAAUCUCUCUUUAAACAGUGCUCGUACGUUAUUUGUGUGUUCUGUUAGUUUUGUGACAUUAACACGGUGCUACACCAAAGAUUUUUUAAUGCACUAUCAAAUGAAAUUCUGUGAAAAUGGAGGUAUUUUUCCUCAUGUUGCUUCAUUUGUACCUGGAUCCUCUGUAUUCUCCUCUAUGUACUGAAAUAAAACAAAUAAUCAUA